CGGGUGGGUCGGGUUCCGGGUCACUUUGUUCACCCUGUACUAGUUCCAGUCUUCGAGAAGCUAAAUCCGGAGACGGUAUCCUAGUUCCAGCAUUACCGUGGACUCCUUCGUCCUUCCCCAGCUUAGCAACUAGUCCAAGUUGUUCGCUGCAGCUUCUCGCCCCUUUCUUCUUUCCUUCCGUUCAAUUCUAUAUCAUCCCAAACUCCAAGCAGCCACACUCUUCAAAAGGAAAGAAUAGCUCGCAAGCUGAGAUCACAAUCGAAAUUAUACAUCAUCAUCCUCCAAGCAGCCACACUGCUCCAACUGUUUUUGAUUCGUGAUUUACCCUUCGGUGCUUAGUAACUUCGAAUCAUCCAUCCGUCGGGCAGCGAGAAAUGGAAUCCGUCCUCGCUUCUUCCGCGCCGCCGUCUGGUCUUCCAGCCGGGGAGUACGAGGUUUUCUUGAGCUUUAGGGGCCCCGACGUUCGCAAUACGUUUGCGGAUCAUCUCUACACCUCCCUGUCGCGUGCCAAAAUUCGCACGUUUAGGGACGAGGAAGAGCUUCGGAAGGGAGACGGGAUUGCACCUUCCCUAAUCCGUGCCAUCCCGGAGUCCAAGAUUUACAUCCCUAUCUUAACCAAACAGUAUGCUUCCAGCAAAUGGUGCCUUCAAGAAUUGGCUCAGAUGGUGGAAUGCUGGAAUCAAAACAAGGGACACCUCAUCCUCCCCAUUUUCUACUUUGUAGACCCUAGAGAUGUGAGGCAUCAACAUGGUCCUUAUCAAGAAGCCUUUCAACAGCACACCCAGAAACAUAGUCCUGAAACUGUGGGAAAAUGGAAGGAAGCACUUCAAGAGAUUGGGCAAAUGAAAGGAUGGCAUGUCACUGAAUCCGACAGUCAGGGAGCUCUAAUAGAGCAAAUCCUUUCUGAAGUUGAGCUGCAUUUGAAGAGCAUUUACACAUUAGUGACUGAUGAGUUGGUGGGAAUCGAUAGUCGUGUAGAAGAAGUGGUGACAUUAUUGAAUUUGCCCUCCUCCAAGGGGAAAGUCAUUGGCAUUUAUGGCAUGGGUGGUCUAGGUAAAACUACAUUGUCCAAAGCUGUCUAUAACAAGAUUUACACUCAAUUUGAUCGUUGUUGUUUCUUGGACAAUGUACGGGAAACGUUGACAAAGAGUGAAGGAGCUCUAUGUUUGCAAAAUAAGCUCAUCUCUUGCAUUUUGAAGAAGGAUAAUUAUCAAGUCAGCAAUGUUAGUGAAGGAAUCAACAUGAUAAAGGAAAGGGUUUGCAAGCAUAAGGUGCUUGUUGUUAUUGAUGAUAUAGAUGACAAGUUUGAAUUUGAUAUGAUUCUAGGAAACUUAGGUGAUUUUUCGUUAGAUAGUAGAUUUAUAUUUACAACAAGAUAUAAAAGAGCUUUAGAUUUUUUUCCAGAAUGUAAAUUAUAUGAACCAGAAGAAAUGAGUCAUCCUCUUUCCCUGCAACUUUUUAGCAAACAUGCUUUUGGGAUGGACAAUCCUCCAGAGAAAGAUGCAUCUAUAUCGGAGGAAUUCGUAAAAGUUGCUGCUGGACUUCCAUUAGCUCUCAAGGUGAUAGGCUCACUAUUGUUUCGUAGAGAGAGGAAAUUUUGGGAAGAAAAGUUGAUGGAGUUACAAGGGAUACCUUCUACUACCGAGAAUAAGGUGCAGGAGAGAUUGAAGAUUAGCUACAACGAGUUGACGCACAAUGAAAAGCAAAUCUUCCUUGACAUUGCUUGUUUUUUUAUCGGCAGCCAUAUAGAUUUACCGUAUUACAUGUGGAGUGGUUGUGAUUUUUAUCCAGAAAGCGGGAUCGACACUCUUAUCCACAGAUCCUUGAUAAAACUUGAUGGUGGAAAUCAUUUUUGGAUGCACGAUCACAUCAAAGAUCUUGGGAGAGCCAUUGUUAAAGAGGAAGAUAUUCAUCAUCCAUACAACCGUAGCAGGAUAUGGUCUAUCGAUGAUGCCCUGAACAUGUUUAGAAAUGGAAGGGGAAGCGAACAAGUGGAAGUUCUUAGGCUGGAUAUGAAUUCUAGGGAUGUUCAUGAAAAGCUGCUUAAAAGCAAGGACUUUAAGAACUUAUCAGGUUUAAGAUAUCUGGAGGUGGGAUAUGGAAGUGUGAUAGGAGAUUUCAGCCAGGUUCUUCCAAAUCUAUGUUGCCUUCGACUGUUACAUUGUGAAUCAAUCCCAACUGAUAUUUACACAAAGAAAUUGACAGUUCUUGAUUUGGAGGAAUGUGAUGUGAAAGAUAACUGGAAGGGUUGGAACCGAAUAAAGGCAGCAGCAAAGCUGAAAGCUGUAAAUUUACCCAGGUGCUCUCAGCUGACAAGAGCUCCUGACUUGUCCCCAUGCGCAAGUCUAGAGUUGAUAAACUUUGAGGAAAGUGGCAGAAUGGAAGGACAACUGCACAUCGGCAAUUUCAAGAAUCUGAAAACGUUGAGGCUCCGUUGGACCAAAAUAACAGGGUUAAUCAUUAGGGGUAAUGACAUGGGAAAGCUUCAACGACUGGAGGAGAUGGACUUGAGGUUUACCCUUAUGACAGAAUUGCCUGCUGGGAUGGAUAACAUAUCCUCUCUCAAAAUCCUGUUGUUAGAGUCACGAUACCGGGGGCACCAGAUUGAGAUACCCAGACUACCGAGGAGUUUGAAGAGGUUAACAAUCUCAUCUUCUAAUGGGGUUCCAAACCUGCUAGAGCUCACGUCGUUGGAGUCCCUAAGCUACCUUAGUGGUAGUAUUCCUUCGAUUCCUAGACACAUAUUUGCUGUGCUCAGCUUCGACGAAUUGAAUCUGAUUUAUGAGAAGUAUUCUGGGCCCUUGAGUGAACUCCCGAGCAUCGCUAAUCUGCGCAACCUGACCCAACUCACGCUCAUGCAUAUCGGGGUGGUCGAGAUUCGGGGCCUUGGAGAGCUGAGGGCAUUGAAAACUAUGGAGAUAUCCAAUUUCCCAAAUUUGAAGAAUCUCAAAGGACUUGAGAACCUGCUCCUCCUCACGACCAUGUCCGUGGGGAGCUGCACUGUGCUGCAGAGGCUGCCGAGUUUGGCAAAUUUGAUGAAGUUAAAGGAUUUGGAGGUUUGCCAGUGUCCGAAUCUCGUACAAAUCCAAGGCAUUGGUGAGAUUGGGGAAUCUUUAUCUCGUCUGACAAUUAACAGCUGUUACAGAUUGGCAAACUUAGAUGGACUACUUCAACUUCUGGGAGGAUUGGAGGAUUUGACUCUUAACCAACAAUCAUUUGGAGGGAAACCAUCUCCUGACCUAUCUGGUCUUAUUAAUCUGAAACGAUUGAGCAUUUUAUACUCCCCCCACUUGACUGAGUUAACCGGGUUGGAGAGGUUGGUGUCGUUAGAAUUACUGAGUUUGGAGGGUUGCACUUCGAUUCGACAUCUACCGGAUAUGUCUGGGCUGAGCAAUCUCAAGACAUUAGACCUCACAUAUUGCGAAAGCUUGAUCGACCCCCCCACUGGCAUAGAAGGAUUGGAGUCGUUGCAACAGCUACUGAUGCCUAAUUGUAGGUCCAUUACGAGGCUGCUAAACUUAUCUGGCCUCAAGAGUUUGGAGACAUUGGACCUUAACUCUUGCAUAGCAUUGACUGAGGUCAAGGGGGUGGAGGGAUUGGCUUCGUUAACAUCGCUGCGGAUGUGUGGUUGCACGUCAAUAAAGGAGUUGGGAAAUCUGUCUGGUCUUAAGAAAUUGAAGCAACUUGAUAUUGAGGGAUGCACAAAAUUGACCAAGGUGAAUGGACUCGAGGAGCUGGAUGGGUUACAGAUCCUGGACAUGGAGAAAAGGAUGAGAGUGAAGUAUUUGGCGAAGUCGGCUGCUAGAUAUGGCAAGGGACUAGCUUCACGGUUCAUUUUGGGGUUUGCAGGAGCUGCUGAUGGCAGUAGUCCUACCUAGCCACCCGUCUCUCUGUGUUCUGUUCUAUUUUGGUUUGACAAUUGCUUUAACAUAAUAUGAGAAAAAAAUGUUGUGAGUUGCCAUGGAUAAGAGAAAAGGAACUCUGGAUAAGAAGUUGCCAGACCAAAGGCGUAUUGGGGUUUCAUUGCCGAAGGGUUCAACAUUGGGAAUGAGCAGCUCAUGGCUUAUUCUUUUGUUUCCUGUGGAACUUUGCCUAGCUGCAGCGGGCAUCUGGAUAUCGAUUGGGCUCCUCAAAAGCUCAUAAUCAACAAUCUGAUUGGCCCAAGGGUCCCAAUACAAUAUCGUUUUGAAGAGAUUGCAAAAGAAAGACAGCUCCUACAAGGGAUUUCUCAUUCUCCUGAUUUGAACAGCUCGAAGGCAAUGACGUCCAACCAAAGCGAUGAGGAAAAUCUCCAACUAGAGGAGGCUGAGGUACUAAGUUUCAAGACAGAAAGUCACCACUCAAUAUCAAUGGAAGACAGAGAUAAUAAGACUCUGGAAGAGAUACAUCAAUCAAUGGCAGGAUUUGGUCUUUAAGAAGUGGAUGAGUUGCGAGUUCACCUAAAAAUUGUCAAGUACGAUAGAGUAGAGGAGAAUGAGCAACCAAAUGCCAAGACACAUAGCGUGCACAAUACAUUCAUUAUGUGGAUCUGGAAGUAAUUGCACAAGUGGAAGUGCGAAUUCCUGAAAACAUCAUACCUAAGUUUGUGAUUGAACUAGCGAUUUUUGAAGGAAUUUGGAUAAGCUGCAAGCAAAAAGCUAUAAAGCUAUAGAAGUAUGCAUUGGAGUUGCUUCCAAAAUUUCCAUGAGAAUUGACUGAUGGUGAGCAAUGCAUAUAGAUUCGAUCCCGAUCAGAUUGAAGAAGUCAAGCGACAUUUGUGAAGAGAGGAAGGAUGAUUACUUGGACAAUUUGUAUCAAGAAGUAAUUGUCUUUGAUCUCUCUCACAAUCCUGUUGUAAUCAUAAAGCUGUAUAUAUUUUUUUUUUCUUUCUUUCUUCUUUACACCGUAAAAGUCGGAUCAUGGUGAACAUAAAUAAAGGAAG